AUGCGCGGUGAAGUCGGUAGUUAUGGUCCAGCGGACAACGUCAUGCAACUCGUAGAAAAGAGGAAGAAGAGGAAGAAGAGGAAGAAGAAGAAGAAGAAGAAGAAGAAGAAGAAGAAGAAGAAGAAGAAGAAGAAGAAGAAGAAGAAGAAGAACAAACAGACAUCUUGUUGA